GAGUACGACUACAGGGUCGACUCGCCCGCUAUUCCGCGUAGGGGUCAGGCAGCUUCCCCAAUCUCGCUGCCCUCGGUAACUUCACCGGCGGAGUCGCUGAAGGCCUCGCCAGCCUCCAAGUAUGAGCGGCUGGAGUCCAACAUCGGGGAGGGUACCUAUGGAAAGGUGCACAAGGCUUUACACACCAAGACUGCACAGAUUGUCGCGAUCAAGAAAGCGAAGGUUUCGGCUGUUGACCGCGACAUCGGGGGAGUCGGCUUUACGGCGCUCCGGGAAAUUAAGGUGAUGAAGGCCGUGCGCCAUCCAAACGUCAUGGGAUGUCUGGAUGUCUUUGCAGAGCGUGGCAUUCUGCAUCUAGUCAUGGAAUUCAUGGACGGUGACCUCAAGAAGGUCAUAGAGGACAAAGCUCUGGUACUCUCAGAGGCGCACUGCAAGUGCCUGGCCAAGCAGAUGCUUCAGGGCCUGGCCGCGCUACACGAGCGGUUCUUCGUCCAUCGAGAUGUCACUCCCAACAAUGUUUUGCUGAACUUCCAAAGCGGGGUUGCUAAGCUUAGUGAUUUUGGCUUCGCACGCAUCAUCGGCCAGGACAGUGACAGGCCAAUGACUGGGGGCUGCACCACGAUUUGGUAUCGUGCGCCAGAGCUACUUUUUGGCGCCAAGCACUACGGCCAGGCUGUCGACAUUUGGAGUAGUGGCUGUGUCGUUGCCGAGAUGCUCAUGCGGGAGGCCCUCUUCCCAGGGCGUGGAGAGUUUGAGAUGCUGCAGAAGAUCAUUGAGCGACGUGGAACGCCUUCAGAAGAUGUUUGGAAGGAUGUGUCUUAUCUUCCCAACUUCGUGGAGUUCACUCCGCAUCCCAAGGCGUUUGGCAGCCAGCAGGUAGGCAUAGGUAGGUUUGAAAGUUGGCUCUGA